CUAGAGCGCACGAACGCGUCCGACAUUGGCGCGCUUUUUAAGUGACAUUAAAAAGUAUCAAAAUGGAGAGCUGCGGGAUGAAUUGUAUAAAAUAUUUAUUAGUUGUUUUCAACGCAAUAUUUAUGAUACUUGGUGUCAUCAUAAUAGCGGUAGCAUGUGUGGACAUGGGAAUGCUGAAGGGGUUUGCUGGCAUGGAGACAACGGGCCACGAGACUGAUGCUGUUCUCAUUGCUGUAGGGGUUCUCAUCAUUAUCGUUGCCGCUUUUGGCUGCUUCGGUGCAUGGAAGGAGAGCCCGAAAUUGCUAUACAUUUUCGUGGGCUUUUUAAUACUGAUCAUCCUACUGGAACUGUCUGUGGGUAUAGCAGCGGCGGCAUUACGACCACAAAUCGAAGGUACCAUGAAGACGCAACUGCGAGCCUCGUUCAUCAAAAACAAGUCCACGCGAGAGGAAGACUCUGUUUACAGGGAAUUUUGGGACAAAAUUCAGAACAAUCUGGAAUGCUGUGGUGUGACUGGGCCCGAUAACUAUGUAGCCUCCGAACCUCGGCUGAACCCCUCUUACAGCUGUUGCCCUACCGAUGACUCCGACCGAGCUGUUGAGAUCAAGCGAUCCGACUGCAUCUCACUCUCUAAAUAUUAUCAAGAGGGGUGUGAGGAUAAAGUACUGAGCACUGUGCAUAGCGCGGGAUUAUCCGUCAUUGUCUGUGGGAUACUGUUUUGUUUCUUGGAGAUGGUUGGCAUAGUGUUGGCAUUAUGGCUCGCACACUCGAUCAAGAAUGACGGAAAAAGUCAGGAAACGGCUUAAUCACUAAACAAGACAGCUUUUUAUUGCACUAUAUAUUAAUUAUAUCGUAUUGUAAAGGGAAAAUGGCCUCAAAAUUGUUGAUCCGGCCUUUUCAUAACGUCUUGAUAAGCGUUUUGCAAUACGGGACGUUUGAAAUUGUCGCGCGAUAAAGAACUUAUUUCCAAUUUAUUCGCUUUAUCAAAAAAUGUUUAAUUAACAUAUAAUUUGGUACAAAAUUUUCGUCAAAAAUACUGAAUCCUACAAGAAGCGUGUCAUAAUUUCUCUUUUCCAAUAAAAAUUCCAUAUUAAAUUUUUAUACAGGACAAUCUCAAGGUUAAAAUCUGCGCUACGGGUAUAGAAAUACUUGUACAUACUUUUCUUGGCCGGUUAGAGCGUCGAUGUCAUAGAUAUUUAGUAUUGCCAGUAAAUAAAAAUUACCCAUUAUAAGGGGGAAAAUUAGAAAUCAUGUAUCUAGAAAAUACAGUUCUAGGCUUAAAUAAAUAUGACACAAAAGGAACAACUCAUAUGAUAGGAUUGUUACCUGUACUACUUAUAUAAUAUAUUUUAAAAUAGCAAACAGAACUGUUGUAAUUAAUGCAAGGAAUAAAAUAAAUACAUUUGAGUUGUAUUUUUUUAGAUGUUGGUAGAUAGUAAAAUUAGAGUUGUAUUUGUCAGACUGACAAUGUCAAACUUACAUUUCAAAAUGGCGACGAUUGUACCAAUUUCAACCGCCGCGGCCGGCCAAGAAUGUAGCAAUGUAAUCUAGAAACAUCAACAAUGAUAACUAUCUCUAUUGGAGUACUGAGGCUGAAAUAAAUCAAUUAGUUGAAUUUUUUUAAUUAAAAAAAUCAUUACUCUUUUGUCUCUUUCUGACAAAUUGUGUUUCCCCUACGAUGAAAAGAGGCAGAUGAGUAAUUUCGUUAUAUUAAUGUUUUCCGUCUUUUAACUCGCGAAAUCGUAGUAUUUUCAGCUUUACGAGACGCUCUCUAGUGUUAUUUAUAUUUUUAUAUUAAAAUACUGUAACCACCUUUUAGAUUUAAGAACUAGCGUAAGUAUUUAUUUAAUUAAAAUUUAGAAAAUGUGGGAGCAGAGCUUAUAUAAUCGGUAAUUAAUUAUUUUAUAUGAAAGAAAUAAAGUGCAUUUUAAACUUUUCAAAACUUUUUCGGUACUUAAAAUUUUUCUUAAACCACACAACGUGUGUUUUUUGUCGUAAUUUAAAAAAAAUUGCUGAAAAAAUAUAGGUUUUGUGCACAUAGGAGCUGCCUAGUCAAACUGUAAAUGUUAAAUUAGAUUGUUUCUUAAAAUAAUAGAUAUCUAAGUAUCACACGCACACAAGCUGCAAAUAGUGAUUGAGAAAUGUGUCGUAUAGCACUUUCUGCCGCGCACCACGUGUAGUCAACCACAACCUUUACGACUCAGGGGCCUUCCAGAGUCUACCUCUCAAAAGCCGACAACACAUCCGUAAACCUGCAGGCGUCGGUUGCUAGUUUGUCUUUCGCAAGAAAUGGACAUUGAUUCUAUAAACGUCUUCCCAUAAAAAAAUCACCCACUUUCUGUAUAGAUUUUUAUGAAUUUCACAAUUUGUUUAUUUAUUAUAAGACAUGAUUAAGUUAUAUGAACGAAAUACCAAAUUUUUUUUUUUUCAUAUCAGGCAUGUGAAGUAGUCACAUCAAUCGUUUUCCCAAUCUUUGGUUGGGAUGUCGGUUAUGAAACCACAAUUUUAUUACCUUCUUUUUUCCACUUUAUUAAUACGUCUAGUACUGUAAAGACGGCAAAUAGAAGAGACUAGCUGCCCAUGACAGAGAAUCCUGUGGGAGUGUUAAUCUCUUUUUUAUAAGUAUUUUCUUUCUUUACUUCUAGAUUUAAUUUCGGUUUUGUAUGUCCGCUCUAGUUCCUGUAUUUGCGAUUUGUAAUAUUUAAAAUAAUUAAAGCAUAAAGUUUUAUUAGUGUUAAAUGGAUGUUACAUAGAGUUUAAUAAAUAAACUAUCAGUGUU